AUGCUUGCAGCAUUGCUAAGCGGGCACCUUGCAAAGUACACGAAGGAAGCGCUACUGAGCAGUCCUGCUUUUUGCCGGUUUGCGCAAGAGUCCUCGAGAAGAGCACACGGCGCCUUGAACGAGGCGAUGCGAAGUGCACAGCCGGUCAUCGAGAAGGCUGUCGAGAGGAGUCAACAGACCAUCAGGCCGGCGGCUCCAACGCAAAGUGAGAUCUUCGACGUCCGGGCAAAGUACAGAAUGGGCGCCAAGCAGCAAAAGACUGAUGCAAAGAAAGUAGAUGCGGGGGAGCACUUCUCCGACUUCUCCGUGCUUGAGGACGGCCUCAAGAAGGUGGUGAGCGGUGAGAAGGACUGCUGGAGGCUCCUGGCGGAUGCCGCCGCUGACAACCAGGGUUGUGGGGCUGCCAUGGCUGCGAUGCUCGGGCUGGCCAUCGGCGAUGCUGUGGGAGCUCCGUUGGAGUUCCUGCCGGUCAACCAACUUCUCCCUGACCACCUCGGAGGGUACUCGGAUGCCCGGCGGCCAUGUGUUCUUCCACCGGGACUGAAGGAGUGCGGUGACAAGCUCCAGUAUCGGAACCCGUACAACAAAUUCCAACUGCUGCCUGGUCAGUGGACGGAUGACACUAGUAUGGCUCUCUGCCUUGCCGAUUCUCUUUUGGUUUCUCAAGGCUACAGCGGAGCUGACGUCCGAGUCCGAUGGCACAUGUGGUGGUUUCAGGGUUACUGCAAUGCAUUCCGUCAUGAUGGACAUCGUCGCUACCGCACGUCAGUCGGCCUUGGGGGCAACGUGUCGAAGUCUCUAGCAGAGGUCGAACGGUUGGCUGCUCGCGACGGUUUGCAUUCGGUGCCUCCGAUAUACGGAUCAGUCACCAAUGAUGCAGGCAACGGCUCCAUCAUGCGUCUGGCUCCGGUCCCAAUUGCUUACUACUUGAAUCCUGUCGAGGCGAUGGAAAAGGCAAUCUUACAAAGCCGUGCAACGCAUCCCAGUUGUGAUGCCGCCGCCUGCUGCGCCUUUAUGGCCUUCUUCAUUGCAAAGGCGAUUCGUCUGCACAGCCAAGGCCUUGCACCUGCGUGUCAAGAUUUCAUUGCCAGUGCCAUUCCCGAGUUCCUCGCAAGUGGCUUCCAGGACUUGGCUGCAUUUAGAAACAUGGCGGGUUGUGGAAGAACUGAUGGGGUGAGACGAAUCCGAGCGCUGCUGACUUGCGCACCACCGAGCCCCAAGGAAGCGAGCUGGGACUGGAAGUCGACGGAGCUCCAGAUUUGGGAGGCCAUGAAGGAGCGUUGGAAGGACAGAAGGUACAAUGGGCACCCAAUCAUCGAUACUUACUGGGGUGCGUAUUGCAUGGAUGGCCUUGCAAUGGCAUUGUGGGCGCUGUGGCACACCGACUGCUGGUAUGGGCUUUCUGUAAGCCUUGGCUGGGGCUGUUUGGGUGCGCUCGUGAGCGUGUACGGCCUGAUGAAAGGGGUGAAGUUGCGCCAUCCAAAGUUAAAGCUAGGCAGUGGCAUAGAUGUGUCGCUCGCGAAGUACCUCUUCUUUGUCACCGUCACAGGCAAUUUUGUGUCCCUGGUGGUAGCUGUUCGAAAUCGAGUAAGUCAAAUGGGUCUAUGCAAAAACGAGAACUGGAAUUCGCGAUGGUAG